UUGCGACAGUACGACGACAAACGGUACGACGAUAAUGACGACGAGGACGGCGACGGCGACGGCGACCUUGAAGAGCGGAGACAAAAAGCAUUUCCCCGCAUCGUCACCAACUUCUCAGACAUCUCGCAACACUGACGCGAUACGCUCGGCGUCGUCGCCGCAAUUGACAACGACGAAGGCGCCGAGGUCCAAGGUAUACCGCAAAGCGUCUCUCAAGACCCCGUUCGCGUGCGAACUGAACGGCAGCGGCGACGGCAGCGACAUAUCCGAGAAGAAUAGCGUUAUACGGUACACGAAUGCUGCAGCCGAAAAGAAGCAGAAGAGGAGAAGCGGUGGCGGUGGCGGUGGCGGUGGUCCAUCAGAGAAGGAGAGCGAUGCGAAGAGCGACAAGUGGAAUCCCGAGGACAUUCACAUCACGUGCAAUCCGCUGUCGACACCUUACCCAUAUUCGACUCCGGCGACGACAACCACCACUACGGCGACCACUACGACUACCACGACCACAACCACGGUGGAGAGCGACGAGGAGCCGAAAAGCCGCAGCUGCGGCAGCUUCUUGCCAAUACUCGCAUUAAUCCCGCAGUCAGUCAUCAGUUUCCAGUAUCUCAGCCCGAAAAUGAAAUUCUCUUGGUGGCGGAACAAGAUCUCGUGAAGGCACGCGUAGGCGCCAUCGACGCCGCCGCCGCCGCACCAAGUCGCGCGUUGCGACGUUACCCCGAGCUGUUGUAUAAAAUACCUCUCUUGAGUCUACGGCGUACCUUCGUUGCAUUUCUCGCGUUCUCGGUUGAGUGCAUGCGAAGCGCGCGUGGCUAUUGAUUCGUGGUCGUUAUUUAUUACUAGAAUCUCUAGCAAUAAAUAGUAAACUCGUGGCUGGUGACGACGACGACGGCCCGUAUAUAUUGCAAUUUGAAUUAUUGCAAACGCGAGAAAACGCAUCGAUGUGCCGUGGGUUUUACCUCGUAGCGCACUCCUUUCUCACUCAUUUUUCUCCCUUUUUUCAUCCAUUCAUUUCUUCCUCGCCAUUUCAUCCCGUUCUUCUUCAUCUUUUUACCCCUUUGAUCUUUCUUUGCCUGUAUAUCUUUCUAUCUGCCUAUUCGAUUCACUUCCGACAGGUCUUCGUCAAUUAGAGGAAUCCAUCGUUAUUACAUCUCGUAGUUAUUCGUGACAUGUUGAUAUGUGCGCACAGACGUUUGAAAAAUGCAAAAGUCGCUAAACUUUAAAGCUAGCAUUCCUUGAAAUUGCGGUCUCGUGGAGUAGUCGUGAUGACCUACCGAUAUUCUACGUGCAGUGGUUAAUGUAUGUGGUUAGUUCAAAGACUUUUAUGAGACGUAAGCGAAAUUAUGGUCGAUAUUUCGAACUCUAACUAACAUUAGAAAAACCAAGAUCAAGUAAUCAACUAUUCAAGUCAUCAGAUAGUCUUUCUAUGAAGGGAAACCACUUGCAGACUUUUGUAACGAUCUCUUUCUAGUUGUUUCGACUGACGGGAGAAAUCCAUGAUGAUCGUAUAUUUGUUACGCUGACUUUUUGCAUCGUCGGAUCCUCUAGUCGAUCGAAGUUUCCUCGGUACUCUCGACGUCUUCUUACUCCGACGCGCGCAAGAUAUCCCCUCUCCUGUUUUCCAAAUCCGCUCGGGGAGAACAUCAGUUUUAGUUCCCGUGGUCCUGUGAUGUUUUAGAAAUUACCUACUGUGUACAUGGUUCCAUGAUCAGAAAAGUGUGUUUUAGAUUAUGUGAAAUGCCAAUGAAGUUCCAGUCGACUUUUCCAAUUGAUUUUCUCUCGUUUAAUGUCGAAACGAGUGGAGCAAGAAUAGAGGAAUUCUUACAGGACAGGGACAAAAUUAACGCAAGUGUUACUGUUAAAAGAACUACUUUAAGAAACAGACUGGGCACUUCUUUUGGGCAUCCUGUCUCAUUUAAGGCUUCUGUUUCCUUGUUGCAGAUAUCCUGAAUGAUGACAUCAGAAGCAAGGAAAUCAUGCGAAACAUUCCCAUGGAAUUAUGUCGAAAUAAAAAGAUAUAUCUAUAAAAUGACACAAUCGAUUGAGUAUAUUUUUUAAAUGCUUCGAAAAUUUUCUUUUUGCUCUGACAACAAAGAAAUCAACGUGACUGAAUCAUAAGAAAAAGCAGAUUAAAAAGAAAGGUUACUUGUCGCGUUAAUUUUGCGAUUGUUUGUUACUUGUUAGAACAAAAAGAAAGUUUCCGAAGCAUUUAAAAAAUGUACUCAGUCAAUUGAGUUAUUUUAUAAAUGUACCUUUUAUUUUCGAUAUAAUCUUUAGGAAUUUUUAGCAUGGAUUCCCUUGUCUUUGACUUCAUCGGAAGUUCCGCGACGAGGAACUGAGAGUCUUAAUAGUCAUUUAAACGAUUCAUUAAAAACAUUGAGUUUUCGUAUCUUCGUUCGUUUUGGUUUUCACAAAUUUCAAAAGGAUAUUCGAAGACCCUAGAAUCUAAGAGCGCAAAAAUUCCAUAACACCUGAAAACCUAAAGAUCGUAGAGUAUAAGGAUCCACAGUUCCUAGAAUCUAAGGAUCCACAGAUCCUAAAAACCUAUAACAAUCCAAAGACCCUAGAAUCUAAGUACGCAAAGAUCUUAGAAUGUAAGGAUUCAGAGAUCUUAAAAUUUAAGGACUUCAACAUCGUAGAACAUAAGGAUCCAGACUAUUAUCACAGAUAGCGCGAUCCAAUAAUCGAAGCAUUCGAAGAUUCUAGAAUGUAAGGAUCCAAAGACAUUGAGAAUCUAUGCGUUUAACGAUCAGAUAUAUAAUCCCUUUGAUGAAUUUCGAGUUGAGAUUUUCCGUUGACAAAAGUGCAUGAUGAAGUGAUGAAAGGUGAACAUUGUCUCUCGCAACCUUGAUUUUUGACACGGUCGCUGAGGGAGGAUAUACGCGGUGAACAACAAUACAAAACGAUCGAUAAGAAUAAUCUGCACGAUAUUAAAAUGAGGAUGUAGAAACUGCUGCGUGGUGAUGUCGUUACCUCGCUUUGGUGAUUGAAGAGAAUUAAAUAACUGGGCAUAGCUCGACGGUUUUAUCUUGCAUAAAUCUCCGUCGAGAUGAAACUUAAAGUUACGAGAGAGAUACAUUGGAAAAUUAGAUUUCGUCACUUAUUUGGUUAUAUGAUAAAAUUUUUCAGUAGAAUCACGUGCAUAUGAACACGCACAUAAUGAGAGGGACGAUUGAUAACAAUUUAAUCGUCCUACGGAUUAUGAUUAUGUGAUUAAACAGUUGUGUCGACAAACUUUUAAUAUGAUGAAACGAUUUAGAAAUGUAUUACAAAGUAAAGUAAUGCGAUUUAAUAACUCUCAACGUGCUCGAACGUCGCGAGGUGACACAAAAUUCUUUAUAUAUAUUUUUUACUGUUUGGUUCCUACUUUGUUUCUUAGUUAGUAGUAGCCGCUAUAUUAUUUAUACAAUGAAGAAGUUGGUAACGCACAGAAACUCGUUUCCGCUCGCUCAAAUAUAAUUUUGCGAUGACUCUCGCAAUUGAGAUAAUAAUUAAAUCGUUGCAUUGUAAUUGACAUCCUGAUGGAUUCGCUUCUCGCCCAAUCGGCGAUCGCAAUUAGACCUUCUUUCCUUCUCUUUCUCCUCUUUUUUUUUUUUUAUUCGCUGAAGCGUAUAACGGAGUAAUACAUUUUUUUUUAAAUAUUGCCAUAAUUAUAAAAUUGUUUAUAAUUAUGUUGCGGAAUGACAAAGUUAUCGUUUUGUCAUACGACGAUUCCAUAGAAUCCGUCGUCUCUUGUAUGUUUCCCCGGAUUAAAAUAAAUCAUUUUCAUAAACAUGCA